ACCUUUACAGCAUUAUAGAUAUUGCAUAUAAUCCUAAUGUUCUUCAGAGGGGAGAAGAAAACCCAGAAAAAAUGGAGCACUUGAUCCAUUUGACACUUAAAUUCGUUGAGGAACAAUGCAACAUUACUCUUUCUUGUGUGUACACCAUUGAAUCGUUGAAAUUGAAAGGAAGCCUGGAAACGAUGCAGAAACGACUGAAAGGAAGGCAGAUGCCAACUCCACAUCUCAGUCAAGACACAAAGAAGGAACUGACCCUCGAUCAGCUGCUACACACUAUGGAAGCUGAGGACUGCAGCAAUGCUCCAGUGCUGCUGAAGGAAGAAAGCGUCACACAGUCUAAAGUGCAUCUGAUAGAGGAAAUUGCCAGUACUGAAAUGCCAGAGAAGCUCAGUACCCCUGUCUAUGAAAUGAGCACCGUGAAGGAUGCAAACGAGAAACCUCUCAAAAUUGAACUCAAAAUCGAAUUGCCUAAGGUUAGCUCUGUUUCUGAGUGUGAUCUGAGAAUCUCAAAGGAUGACAUCCUCAUUGAAGUCCCUGAAAAAUACAAAUUACAACUAGAUCUGCCAGAAUUGGUGGAUGAAGAAACAACUACAGCAGUAUUUAACAAAGGAAAACAGAUAUUGUUUAUUACAGUGGCAGUUGCCAAGCCAGUUCCUUAA